UCCAAAUAAGUUAACAGAAUUUGGACCGUUUAUAACUGAAGAAAGUAGUACAAUUAGUGGUUUAUUUACAAGAUGGUUCGGUGUUAAAAGUUCCAGUCAAAAUAAUUCCAAUUCACCAAGUACCUCGAGUAGCCAAAGUGGCUCUACUCAAAAUGUUCUGGAUGAGAAUGCAUCUGGGGAUAAUGUGUCUCAGGAUAUAUCUUUUAGUGAAAGGGAGAAAUCGGUAGAGGAUGAUAGACGGAGUAACUCUAUACAAUACGAAGACACCAGCAAAAGCCAAAGAUUGAUAAAUGUGUUGAAGCGUGUUAAAAAUAUUGUUGCUCUAAAAAAUUCUGAAGGUUUGCAGUCCUACGAGUCCACACAAUUAAGACAAUAUUGGAUGCCCGAUAGUGCUUGUUAUGAAUGCUAUGAUUGUACAGAACCUUUUAAUACUUUUCGAAGAAGACAUCAUUGUCGUUUGUGUGGCCAAGUUUUUUGUGCAGCUUGCUGUAACCAAAAGCUGCCUGGACGAAUAAUUAAUUGCCAAGGCGAUUUAAAAGUAUGUACGUUUUGCUGCAAAAUUAUCUUGUCAUACUUGCAUUCACCUAAUAUUGAAGCAGAAUUAACAGCAGACAUGAGAGCUUUACAGGUUGAUUUGCAAAGUAAAUUCGGCAGCAGCGAAAGUUCCGUAAGCGUCGGACCUAAGAAAAAAACAUCUGGAGGCUACCAGGAAGAAAGAUUUGGUGUAUCUCGUAAUUCAGCAUACAAUAUUUCCUUAAGCGAUCCUGAUCGUAAAGACGCCCUGCGUUCUUCUGCUUCCUUACGAGUUUUGUACCAGGAAUUGGUUAGACCAGGGACUGGUGUAACAUUUUCUCAACAUCGGUACAGAUUACGAUGUUAUGUGGACGUAGUACUUGGUACUGAUAUUGUUCAUUGGCUUAUUGAGAGACAGAAAGCUGGCAAUAGAAAUCAAGCUCAUGCGAUUUGCCAAGCUUUGUUGGAUGCUGAAUAUAUGGAAUGUCCGACGGAUGAAAAUUCUACUGAAUUUUUAGAACACUUACUUUACCAAGCAAAAUUUAAAGAAACUACACCAGAAACAGCUAUUCAAACCCAAACAGGUAGAGGAAAUCUUCCUCUAUCGACUUCAACUUUUUGUUUGGACUUAGACGUGCAAGGACAUUCAGUUUAUUUAUCAAGACCAUCAGCGACUUCAACAGAUUACGUAAGCGAUUUGGAAAGUCCAGAUGUGGCCCAAGUACCAAUUGUCCCAGCAGAUCGCUCUUCAGUAGGAUCAAUAUCAACAAAUCCGGGUUUACCGGAAAAAUAUCAAAGCACCGAAACCGAAAUCGCCUUAUGGCAAUCUUACAAAAGGCACGAGGAUGCUCUUUUGGCUCAACUUUUGGGCGCGGCUCGCCUAUCCUACGACCAAUGGGCCGAAACUGUGAAGCGUUUGUGCGAUGAAAUUGUUGAAACCAUUCGACCAGAGGAGUCUGAAGAUUUCGAAGAAACUCAGGACAUUCGCCAAUACGUGCAAUUCAAGAAAGUUCCUGGAGGUGCCAAAAGUGAUUGCGAGAUUGUCAGCGGCGUUGCUUGCAGCAAAAAUGCUUCUCACCGGGAAAUGCGAUCGAGAAUUCGUGACCCUAAAAUUUUACUUUUGCAAUGUGCAAUUGUAUACCAACGAGUCGAAGGCAGAUUUUUUUCUUUGGAACCUGUUAUGAGACAAGAGAAUGAUUACAUCGCCAACGUGACGGCCAGGGUUCUGGCCCUUCAACCCGAUGUCGUCCUGGUCCAGAGGAGUGUUUCCCGUUUGGCGCAGGAAUUGUUACGUGCAGGAGGAGUCACA